ACCUAGUCCUGAUAUUCACGUUACCUGGUACUAUAACGACUUUUGGUUUUCUCUCGAGUCUAGAUAGAUACUUUCAACACAAACCGCACCUACUCUGAGCUCAAACGAACAAUCUCAACAACCUCACCCGACUCCAGGCCAACCAUCUACCAUCCAUCCUACCUUCCAUCCUCAAAAAUGGCCCCCUCAAUCCUCGAAACCCUCGCCCUCCUUCUCUCAGCGUCCGCCGCCUUCCUCACCACCGGCGCCGGCGCCAACCCUCUCCCCAAUCCCAGCUCUAACUCAGGCGCAAAGGCCAAGAGCUGCGUCAAUGGUCCCCCCGCCACCGAUUCCUCGCCCGGCAGCCUGCCCAUCGCCGACUACUCGCUCGUCGCGCCCGCCGCGAACCUCAACUGGACUUCCUACACGGUCAAGAAGAGCUGGUGGGAUAAACACUUUCUGAGUGGACCGCAUUACAUGCCCUACACCCACCGCACCGACCCCUACGGCGCAUUCAAGUGCCAGUACACUUGCAACGCGGCGGGUGAUAAAUGCAAGAGCUACUUUUUGUGGUACACGGACAUCAACAACGCAAACGAGCAUAUCAACUGCGUGCUGUUUGAUGAUAUCAUCGACCCGUCCAUCUUUGUCCUGGGCGGCAACAGCACUAUCGGUGCGGGUGGUUACGACAGACGGUGCCAGAGCUCUACGGCCUAGAGGUCCAUUCGACCGUUGAAGUACUUCGGAUAUUUUUGGGCGGCAGGGGAGCAUAGAGGUCCUUACAAGCCUGGAGGCGCGCCAAACCUUGAUACGUAAAAAGGAAUUGAGGUGCUUUGGUCCUAGUCGACGAGUGAUGAAUCGAGUGAUCUUAGGGUAAUAGGAUUUCUCCUACAUAUUCGGUCUUGUUCGGUGGCCCAUCUGGAUGAUGAGCAGUUUGACUGGCUGAUGGAUGGGAAUUCCUGCCCAUAGUUUCGGUUCUCAUCAAAAUUGAACUCCUUACACACUCCUUCGUUGGAGUUUCGGAUUUC